CAUCAGGGUACAUAUCCAUCAGCAAUGAGCUGAGCAGUUCUGGUCUGGUUCCAACCAAACUGUGACCUGGUUCUAACCUUGUUAAGGGAUUUAGUAAGGUUCUGGACUGGGUCAGGUCUAAGGUUCUGGGCUGGGUCAUCUGGAACCAGGUGCAUUAGGAGGAGGUGUUCCAGGAGAAGCUACAGGAACUCAGGACACCUGCCGGCGCGGUGCUCCGGCUAAGAUACGAUGUGCAGGAUGGGGGCGUGGCCCCCCGGCAGGUGGAGGAGGACUCCACCAGUGAGCUGCAGAGACAGAUGGGAGACUUGGAUUCCAGCAUGUUUGGAUGCCUAAGAACCCUGAAGAUGACAUGCAGAUUGCAGAAGGCCAUAGAGGAGCACCAGCGCUGGUGUGAGAAGGCCAGUGACAUCAUCACUCAGGUCAAGGAUUGUUCUCUGGAGUGUGGCAGCACUGAAGCCGUGUCCGUCCUGUUUCGUCAGUUUGAGAAGUUUGUUUGGCCAACGGUUCCUGAGCAGGAGGAGCGCAUUGGUCAGAUGUGUGUGCUGGCCAUCAGGCUACAUGGGGAGGUUGAAGGUCCGUACCACAUCCAGAAGAUGAUGAGUAAACACUCUGCUGUGGUCGAGUCCAUCAGAGAGCUGAGUGAAAGGCUGAUGGAGCUGAAAGCCAAACUGAAGAAUCUGGAACAGCGUGAGGAAAAGAUGGAAGAAGAAUGUGAGGAAAGACGAGAAAGAGAACCUGAUGGACAGGAGAAGAAGCCGAAGGGAGUGCUAGAGAACCACAGCACUCUGGAAGCUGCUGACAUGUGUGAGCUGAAAGAGACAGGCCACACCCCUGAACAGACCUUUCAGUUGGACGGGAAAGAGGCGGCGUUAGCCAAUAGGACAGCUUGGUUAGAAGCAUACAACCAAGCAGCUGUCUCAGAGAGCAGCUCCUUCUCCAGUCUCCUUAUCCACAAAGAAUCACAAAAUGUCCCCACUGAGACUUGGGCCAUGCCUCCUCGGUCUGCUAUUGGUCCAUCAUUCUCCAUCAUCAAGUUUCAGGACAAGACUAUGAGAGCAGAACAACAGGAUGCUUCAGUACAUGUUGGAUUACGUCAACGUGAGGCAAUGGUGGACUUCCUGUCCAGUGACGAGUAUGACUGUGCAUCUCCUGAUGACGUCUCCCUGCCACCACUGGCAGAGACAGCAGAGUCCAAUGUGUUCCAGUCCAACAUUGAGCAGAGGUUUCUAGGUAGAGAUGGGUCCAACAGCCCUGGCUUGUUUCUGCUCCCAGCGGACUCCAGGUCAUCGCCAGUGGAGACAGAGUCAUCUCUUGAGGACUUAAAGUUACCAUCAGGAGACUCUAUACAGUCAUUGGUGAACUCAGUACAGCCACCAGCAAACUUGGUACAAUCGCCAGCAGACUCUCUACAGCCACCAGUAAACUCGGUACAGCCACCAGCAGACUCGACACAUCCGCCAGCAGACUCGACACAUCCACCAGCAGAUUCAACACAUCCACCAGCAGAUUUGGCACAGCCACCAGCAGACUCGGCACAGCCAACAUCAAACUUGAUACAGCCAUCAGUAGACUCUGUAGAGCCACCAACAGACUCAGCACAUCCACCAGCAGACUCGGCACAGCUACCAGCAGACUCAACACAGCCACCAACAGACUCGACACAGCCACCAACAGACUUGACACAGCCAACAGUAAACUCGAUACAGCCAUCAGUAGACUCUGAACAGCCACCAACAGACUCGGCACACCCACCAGCAGACUCGACACAGCCACCAACAGAUUUGGCACAGCCACCAGCAGACUCGGCACAGCCACCAGCAGAUUUGGCACAGCCACCAGCAGAGUCGGCACAGCCAACAUCAAACUUGAUUCAGCCAUCAGUAGACUCUGUAGAGCCACCAACAGACUCGGUACAUCCACAAGCAGACUUGACACAGCUACGAACAGACUUGGCACAGCCACCAGCAGACUCGGUACAGCCACCGGUAAACUCAGCACAGCCACCAGGAAACUCGACACAUCCACCAGCAGAUUUGGCACAGCCAUCAGCAGACUUGGCACAGUCAACAGCAAACUCAACACAGCCAUCAGUAGACUCUGCACAGCCACCAAUGGACUCGGCACACCCACCAGCAGACUCGGCACAGCUACCAGCAGACUCAACACAGCCACCAACAUACUCGACACAGCCACCAACAGACUUGACACAGCCAACAGUAAACUCGAUACAGCCAUCAGUAGACUCUGAACAGCCACCAACAGACUCGGCACACCCACCAGCAGACUCGACACAGCCACCAACAGACUCGGCACAGCCACCAGCAGACUCGGCACAGCCACCAGCAGAUUUGGCACAGCCACCAGCAGACUCGGCACAGCCACUAGCAGACUCGGCACAGCCACCAGCAGAUUUGGCACAGCCACCAGCAGACUCGGCACAGCCAACAUCAAACUUGAUACAGCCAUCAGUAGACUCUGUAGAGCCACCAACAGACUUGGCACAUCCACAAGCAGACUUGACACAGCUACCAACAGACUUGGCACAGCCACCAGCAGACUCAGCACAGCCACCGGUAAACUCAGCACACCCACCAGUAAACUCGACAUAUCCACCAGCAGAUUUGGCACAGCCAUCAGCAGACUUGGCACAGCCAACAGCAAACUCGAUACAGCCAACAGCAAACUCGAUACAGCCAUCAGUAAACUCUGCACAGCCACCAACAGACUCGACACAGCCACCAACAGACUCGACACAGCCAACAGUAAACUCGAUACAGCCAUCAGUAGACUCUGUACAGUCACCAACAGACUCGGCACAGCCACCAGUAAACUCUGUACAGCCACCAGCAGACUUGACACAUCUAAAGGCAGACUUGGCACAGCCACCAGCAGACUCGGCACAGCCACCAGCAGACUCGACACAGCCAACAGUAAACUCGAUACAGCCAUCAGCAGACUCGACACAGCCACCAGCAGACUCGACGCAGCCACAAACAGAUUUGGCACAGCCAUCAGCAGACUCGGCACAGCCAACAGCAUACUCGAUACAGCCAUCAGUAGACUCUGUACAGCCACCAGCAGACUCGGCACAGCCAGCAGCAAACUUGGCACAGCCACCAACAGACUCGGCAAAGCCACCAGCAGACUUGGCACAGCCACCAGUAAACUCUGUACAGCCACCAGCAGACUCUGCACAGCCACCAGCUAACUCGGCACAGCCACCAGCAAACUCGAUACAGCCAUCAGUAGACUCUGUACAGCCACCAACAGACUUCGCACAGCCACCAGCAGACUUGGCACAGUCACCAGUAUACUCUGUACAGCCACCAGCAGACUUGGCAAAGCUGUCAGUAGACUCGAUAUUCUCAAUAAAGCCAUCAGUAGACCUUUCACUGUCAUCAGCAGACUCACUACAGCCAUUGGUGGACUCAGUGAUGCCCCUGCUAGACUCGGUGUCUCACUCAGUAAAUAUGACACCACCCAUAGAGGAUUUAAAGUCAUUCUUGAUAUUUUCAGAACAGCCCUUGGUAGACCUUGUAACAUCGGUAGAGUCUGUGCCUCCCUCUGUGGACUUGGAAUCAUUUGCUGUUGACUCUGUGGCGCCCACAGUGGAUUUGGUUCCACUUAAGUUGGACGUGUUGCCUUCCUUUGUAGACUCUGACCAGCAUUUGAUGGACUCUGACCAGCGUUGGGUGGAUUCUCACCAGCCUUUGGCGGACUCUCAUCAGCAUUUGGUGGACUCAAACCAGCCUUUGGUGGACUUGUUGCCUCCCUUGGUUGAUUGGGAACUGUCUUCAAGAUACUCAGUGCCCUCUGAGGACUAUGCACUUUCCUCAGUGGACUCUGCUCCUCCCUCUGUGGACUCUCCUCUCCCCAGUGUGUACUCAGACCAGCCCUUGGGGGACUUGGGAGCUUUAUCAGUGGACUUGUCACCACCCUUGGUGGACCUGGCACAACUCUCCUCUCAUCGGUUGAUAGGGAACAUCAAUGUUGAUCAGUUGGUGACGUUGGAGUUAUCAAAUGUGAUUUUUCAAGACUGGAACACCUGGUUUGGGACUCUGUGUGUUCUGUUGUGGCUGUUGUACCUGAUGGUUCUUUGAUUUCAGUUUGUGUUAUCUUCUGUUGGACACUGAAGUUUUUUUAUGUGAUUUGUGUUACCCCCUCCUUACCACCAGAUGUAAAAAGUAUUGCAAAACGGCCGCUAAACAACAUCUAAACGUACUUUGCAAAAAUUAGCCGCUGUUGUAGUAGACAAAUUCCUUUCCAGCAGCCACAAAGCAUCACAUUUUGCACCCGUCCCAGAAGCAUAAGGCCACAUUGCUUACGUUUCAAGUCUAUUUUUUACAUUCUGUGCUUCCAGAGUAGUCCGCAAAUUCAAAAUCCACAGUUCAGGCUAGACCUAUCGUCAAUCACAAAAGCAGUGCAAAACAUCCGGAAAUUUUCAAAAUAAAAGUCAUGUGCAGAUUACCAGUUGCUUGACUAGUACAAAAAAUGUUUGACAUUUCCUGUGAAACCUCCAUAGGCGAGGUAAACAUAACUGAAAAUAAACCACAUACCUCGUUGGAUGCAUGCAGCCAUCUUUCUUCUUGCUUGGUUUUCGUGGUGUUGCAAUUCUCCCAUAAUUUUGUGAUCUCGUGGGACCAGCUGGGUGAAACGCUUUUGCUCACGUUUUGCACCUGAAAUGGUCCCGGUUGGAAGGGAGCUUGCAGGUUAAACAUCUCUAUUACAUUACACGCAUCUCACUUCUGGUGCAAAGGAAAGGUUAUGAUGUUUUUACGCUUAUAAUCCUGCUCUGACUCUAAAUGUGUGUAUUAUGAUUUAUCUGGGUGUGUUUCGUCUGCCGAAACACCAGAAUCUGUUGAUCUAGAUGUUUUGUUUCAUAAACACUUUGGCCUGAUUUAUUUCAAACUCAGUGACAUGUUUUCUUUCAGGAAGAGCUGUUGAUUAAAGUUACAGUUGUAGUUUACCAGUUACUGAGGCAACAGCAACACAAUAUGUGUCAGUGCAAGGGUUAUCUGACGAGCUCACAGAGGGUGACGGAGACCCCUCUGUGAGCUUGAAGCAAGUCAAAGAAAAGUAGAAACUAAGCUAAGUAGGUCACUGUAUGAUCAAUAAGAUGUGAUAUUCCAAAUAAAUAUGAAUUAUCCAUCUGAUUGGUAUUUGAAUAUUUGAUUUAAUAUGAACUUAAAGAAGUAGUAAUGUCCCCCUCGGAGUCCUUCUCCACCCACGUAUCAAUUUUAAAAACUGCAACAUUAGUAGGCGUUGCCUGGAGGACCGAGAGGGCGGAGCCGCGGCAGUGACGAAGACGAUGGCUAACUAGACGAUGCUAGCUCCCUUCACUCUGAGCAGUCAUUAGAAGUGGAGGAUGUUUCUCCCCCUCCUUACCCAGACACUCGAGAAGAAAGGGACCAAGUCUAUUUGGAGGAGACAAGCGGACCUGAGCCUUAUUGUUUUGAGCUUGUGGGUUGCCUGAAAUUACCGGAACCGACCCAACAGAACCAGCUCUGAAUGGUAAGUAGCCGUUAGCCAUAGCAUCAGAUUAGCUGCAGGGUUUUGCUCCACGGCCCGAGAGCUAGUAUUCAGCAUGUUUUAGAGAUUUAUCUGCUUCAACACACCUGGUUUUAAUCAGCAACAAAUAGCUGAGCUGCUUAACAGCUAAUCUAACCUAAGCAGGAAAAUCCACUGAAACGUGCUGAAUAGCAGCUCUCCAGGAGCUCUGGGCUCAAGCUACAGUCUGCUGCAUAAAGUUAUGAAACUACCCCAUGAGAAAAUUAUUCUGUAAUGUGUUCAGCUCACUAAAACUGCCCUGAUGUUAUUAUUUAUUUACUGAUAAUAGCUGCUCUUGGUUGUAGGUCCUCUGGUGUCUGCAGCUGGUCUCCUGCUGGUGUCGUCAGGAUCAGGAGCUUCCAGAAGAAUGUGCCUUUCAAUGACUCUUUCCCCCUUAUUUGUUAUAUUAAUUAAAUAAAUCUCAAUUUAUAUA